UGUGUGUGUGUGCGUGUAUGUGUGUGUGUGUGUGUGUGAAGAGAAGGCAAAUGGCAACAGUCUCCAUCAGUGACCGAGUAACCGACACGGCGUCUGAGCGAAAAUUUACGUCCUGGCUUGUGACCAACCUUUCCGCUAAUUUCUUCAUGACGUCGCGGCCAUUACUGCUGUUCCUGCGCUGAUUUUAACCCGCCACACAUCACUUUCCAUGGAGUUAGUGCUCUUACACACGAGGACACUAGUGUACGCCACCGGUGUCGGACACUAGUGUCCUUGCUCAAGACACCGCCUGGCAACUAGUGAGCCACUCACACACCUCAGUCGGAAGAAUGGCGGGAAACACAUAAAGGACACAUAAAGGACACAUAAAGGACUUACGUAUUUCUUUCUUUUCUGAGAGGGGUUUCCCUUCAAAAUCAGAUGAAGGUGGUGACGCUGUGCGUGCUGUCUAUGGCUCUGGUGGGGAGCGCCGCUGGGUACCUGCAGCCCACUGACAGAUCCUACAAAAUUCUCGUUCUUAUUCCUAAGACCUCUACGAGUCACAGAAACGUGUUCAUGCCCCUGGUCGAGGCCCUGGCUGACCGCGGACACAAGAUAGUGAUACUCGCCUCUUUACCGCCAGUCUCCAAACAUCCAAAUGUGACAGAGAUAAACCAUGGGAUCCCUAAACCAUACAUAAAUUUAUUUGUGGAAGGGAAAUCUCUUGGAGGUUUGCUUGCAAUGGGGAAUGACAUUUCUGCUCUGGCGCGUGACUUGUACCAGAUACCAUCGGUGAAGCAGCUGUAUGAAAAAAGGAAAGAAUUUGAUCUCAUACUUGUGGAUAACAUGAUGAACGAGGCCGUUUAUCCAUUUGUGCACGAGAUCCCCUUCAUCACUGUCGCCGCGCCCGGGAUGGACCACCGCCAGAGUGCCGUCUUGGGCAACGUCCUCAACCCUUCCUACGCUCCUCACUUGAUAGGUAGCUUCCCCCUUCCCUUGUCUCUGUGGCAGCGUAUCAAGAACGCCUUCAUGCACAUUUAUGUGCCACUUCUCUGGAGGAACUGGGCAAUUGUACCGCUGAUUCAAAAAGAGAUCUCAGCCCAGUUCCCUGACCUGCCGCCGCUGCUGGACAUCGAGAGAAACCAGAGUCUGACACUGAUGAACACUCACUUCAGUAUUACCACGCCGGUGCCCCUCCUGCCCUCACAGGUGGAGGUAGGCGCCAUACACUGCCGCCCUGGCAAGCCUUUGCCACAGGAUCUGGAGUUGUGGCUCACAGGGGCAGGCUCUAUGGGCGUCAUUUACUUCAGUCUGGGAUCAAUCCUGCGUGGUGAAAUUAUGCCACCGGAAUACCUCCAAGUCUUCCUGGAGGCUUUCCGCAGACUGCCGCAGCGGGUCCUGUGGAAGUACGAGGGGGAGCUGGAGGGCGCGUCUGACAACGUCAAGGUCAGCAGCUGGCUCCCCCAGCAGGACAUCCUCGCUCACCACAACGUGAAGGUGUUCAUCUCCCAUGGCGGCCUCCUCAGCCUUCAGGAGUCCAUCUUUCAUGAAAAGCCCCUCCUCGUUCUGCCUGUGUUCGGUGACCAGCCGAGGAAUGGCAUGGUCGUGAAAAACUCGGAUAUUGGUCGUGUGUUGGUAUGGGAGAAACUUACUGCCGACAGGAUCGUCGACGCCCUCACUGACAUCAUCAGUAACCAGAAGUACAAGGAGAACGUGGCCAGGAUGUCGGCGUCCUUAAGGGAUCAACCGACGACACCACAGGAGCGUGCGGUGUUCUGGACGGAGUACGUCAUCCGUCACCGAGGGGCACCCCAGCUGAGGUGCCCUGCCGCCCAGCUCUCCUGGGUGGAGUUCCUGAUGCUGGAUGUAGUGGGUCUUCUGUUACUGGCCCUGCUGCUGCUGCUACUUCUCAUCCGCCGACUCCUGAGGACAGUCUCUGCAGCUCUCCUUGGUGGCAUCCCCAAGAAGAACGACUAGGGAUCAUGAGAAAUGGAUAUUGUACAAUAUGUGAUUUGCUUCCUAGAGUUGUGGGAUUUGUGGUAACGGUACAUGAUGAUGGCAAGCCAGGUAUUGUCAUAUGUAUGUUUAGAGUUUUAGAUUUCACCCAUAUGCUUCUUUAAUAUAUGCUGCUUCUGCUUUUUCUGCAUGUGCUUAUAAGGAAGGCUUCUCUGGUAAAAAAAGAAAAAAAACAUAAUUAAAUAAUGCCGCCACAAAAACGAGAUCCUGAGGCGCAUGCUUAGUUACGAGGUAGCUCAGUCACUCCCAAUGAGCAACUACCGACAGCCAAAGAUUAAAUCAGUCUUUAGGCCACACACAGCGCAUUCUUCAUAGAGCCACUAUACGUCAGUAGAUAUUAGUAUUCUGGUCUUUUGAUAUUGAUUAUAAGAACAAGAAUAAAUGAGGAAUGGUGCUGUCGUCUGUGCGCAUGCACUUUUGCGUGUUUCUGUGUGUGAUUCACUUACGGUCGUCUGCUGGUCACCCGGCAGCCGUUACCCUACAGAAAGAGCUUAGAACUCAUAGUGAUCAAUCUUUCGGUAGGACUGAGACCACUUACACACCACACAACGGGAUAACGAGGUCACAACCCCUCAGGAUACAGCCCGUACCUACUUGCUGCUAGGUGAACAGGGGCUACACAUUAAAGGGCUCGCCCAUUUGUCUCGCCGCGCCCGGGAUUCGAACCCGAGUCUUCUUGGUUGAGAGCCAAGCGUGCUAACCACUACACACACACACACACACGUGUGUGUGUGUGUUAGCAGUGCUGUGUAAUGGGAAUGCUUCCCUUCCAGCCGAUCUGAGCAGGAAAGGAAGCGAUACCAUGUAAAACUAGAAAGAAAGUUUUCAAUGAUACGAUUAUUCUUUCAGCAACCAAGAUAACAACAACAACAUCGGUACUACUACUACUACUACUAUUACUACUACUACUACUACCAUUAUACGUACUACUUGUAUUACCACUACUACUACUAUUACUAUUUAGUUUAAUUACGGAGUUAGAGGCCAUUAGCCCCUACCCCUCCGAUUACUGCUAUUACUACUACUACUACUACUACUUAUACUACUACUACUACUACUACUACUACUACUACUACUACUACUACUACUACUACUACUAUUACUACUAUUACCACUAUUAAUAGUAAUACCAUUACUAGUAGUCUCGGAUUGAAGUUCACUGUGAGCUGAGGUUGGCGCAAUGCAUGAUUAGUGCGCCGGUGACCCAUCUUAAAAGUAGAGAUUGAUUAAUUGAUUUAAGUUAUGGCACCACAUCAUCGCGGUCAUAUGGCGCCACUGCAAGCCUUUAAAAACGACAAAGAUUCCAUUUCUUAAAAUAUCGGUAUUAAAAACAAAAUUAUAGAUAUGGUAAAAAUGUUAAAAGACCACUAUACAAGUAAACAUAAAAAAAAAGAAAAUGAGAAAAGCCACAAAAAAAAAAAAAAACAAGUGAUAAAAAUGAGAGGGUUGUAUUAAUUACUUAAUUUCAUUUAAAGUGACCCUACUGACCCAAACCACUGUGUCUGGAGUUGUUUGUUCCGUACCUAAGACACUGACCCCACUGACUCAAAUAUCUAGCGUCGUUCAUUACGUGCCUAAAACACUGACCCCACUGACCCAGAUAUCUGGCGUUGUUCAUUACGUGCCCGUGACACUGACCCCACUGAAGACUCCGGAUCAGUGAGGCUGUUCUGGGAGCUGAAGCAUGACGGCACCCCAUUGCUCUAUGAACGUUUGAUAAGGGAGGCUGGAAUAUUGUCCAUCUCCCCGCCUCAAAUUCAUCUCGUGGGGAAGCACUUUAACCGUAGGACCAACCCUGAACCCCACGGGCAGGUUUGUUCCUACGUUACCAGCGGCCGCCACGUGGAGGCUCACUUCCCCUAUAACUAAGCCUGCAAGAAGGGUUUUCACGUCACUCGGGGAGUCACGGCAUGACACCAUCCCGGGCCCUACAGGAGUCAUAGUUACUCCCGCCAUGUUCUCCCAGUGCAAAGAUAAGGUUCUGCUCAAUAUUAUAUUACUUAUAAAAUAAAUAAAACAGUUAAAAGGUAA